GAGGCUCUGCGCCUCAGCCGCUGCCACCGUCGCCGCUCCCGCCCGUCUUCCGCGUCUCCGCCGCCGCCCCCGCCGGGGCCAUCUGGGGGUCGCUUACCGGGCUGGCCCCGCGCCACAGCCGUCGCUUCAGCCUCCCUCCAGCGGCCGCCGCAGGAAGAGUCUCGCCGGCCGCGGAGCCUCUCGGGGCCUCAGUUCUCGCUCCCUUGCCGUCGCCGCGGGUCCUGGAGAAGCGGCCGCGGCCGGGGAACGGGGCGUCGCGGUUCCAACGAUUAACUGCUGAAGUACUGAUCGAGUUCUGUGUUUCUUCAAUGAGGAACUACAGGCUGAUCUUCUGCCAUAAUCUCAAACAGCCAUAAAUGACAAAAGAAUGCUUGCUCAGUGAGGGUAGCUGGUGCAGAAGCCAUUUUUUAAACUUAGGUGUUUAAGUACUCAAAGAAAAGACAGCUUUGAUUUCUGGCUGCAAAAAAGAUAUGAGGAAGAGCUCCUCCCCUUCCUUGAGUAACUGCAACUCCGUUCUUGCUAACAAAAUAUUUGGAAUUCCACUUGAUGAGCUGCAGCAGGGAGGACAUCCAGACAAUGAGGUUCCGUUCAUAGUCCGCCAUGUUGUGGACUAUAUUGAGGAACAUGGAGGUCUGGAGCAACAAGGACUUUUUCAAGUCAAUGGAAAUGCUGAGACAGUGGAGUGGCUUCGGCAGAGAUAUGACAGUGGAGAAGAGGUGGAUUUGGUUAAGGAAGCAGAUGUUCCCUCAGCUAUUAGUCUUCUUAGGUUUUUCCUCCAAGAACUUCCUGAACCUGUUAUCCCUGGCAGUUUGCAUAUUCACUUGAUGCAGCUUUCUCAAGAUUAUAGUAACGAAGAUGAAUUUGGAAGAAAGUUGAGGUUCCUCUUGCAACAGCUUCCACCUGUUAAUUACAGUUUGUUAAAGUUUCUGUGUAGAUUUUUAGCCAAUGUAGCAUCACAUCAUGAAGAAAUUUGGUCUGCAAAUUCUUUGGCUGCUGUCUUUGGUCCAGAUGUCUUCCACAUUUACACAGAUGUGGAAGAUCUGAAAGAGCAAGAAAUAGUGAGCAGGAUAAUGGCUGGACUUCUGGAAAAUUACUAUGAGUUUUUUGAGAACGAAGAGGAAGAUUUCUCAUCUCAUGAUUUGAGUUCAAUUACUGAACAGGCAGGUAGCAGCGUUCUCCACAAGCUGGAGUCUGGAGAGCAGGCAUUUCACGAGGCCCUAGAGAAGGGAAUUACAACAGUCAAAGAAAGAAGAGAUGUUAAUGAACUUUCUGAGGAAGAAGAGGAAGAUGAAAAGUUGGAACAUAUAGAAGAACUUCCAGAAGAGGGUGCAGAAAAAUCAAAUGACAUGCCGGAGGUGGUACAAUUAAGGAUGACUGAAAACAUCCUGGAACCAAAUAGUGUUACAGCAUCAACAAGUGCCCAUAUAUCUCCCAUCAGCAUCUUACCAGCCUCUGCGGACAUUUUAGAAAGAACAAUUAGAGCAGCUGUGGAACAGCACCUUUUUGAUCUGCAGAGCAGCAUAGAUCACGAUCUUAAGAAUUUACAACAGCAAAGUCUGGUGUGUAAUAAUGAAGCAGGAGGUAUUAAUUGUGAUGGGAAAGGAUCUAAUAACCAGGUUGAUAUUGCUGAUGAUAUUAUUAAUGCCAGUGAAAGUAACGGAGACUGUUCAGAACCUGUGGCCAGCACUAAUUUAGACAGUGAAGUUAUGCAGCAAGAUUUUGUAUUUGAGGAUGAAGAAAAUAACCAGUCUGUAGGUAUACUGUUAGAGCCAUGCAAUGACCAUGGUGAUAGUGAAGAUGGCUGUCUUGAGAGGAAAGAAUAUUUGUCAUUUGACAGUGGUAAACUGUCACAUUUGAUUCUGGAUUCUAGUAGCAAGAUAUGUGAUUUGAAUGCCAACACUGAAUCAGAAGUGCCAGGAGGUCAAAGUGUUGGUGUUCAAGGGGAAGCAGCAUGUGUCCAAAUUCCACAUUUAGAUCUGAAGAAUAUUUCUGAUGGUGAUAAAUGGGAAGCGUCAUGCCCUAUCACUUUUCCCCUCAUUGAUUUCAAAACAAUGCAUCUGCAGAGAGAUGGGGAGGAGCCAUUUCCUGCUUUUAAGUCUUGGCAGGAAGACUCUGAGUCUGGAGAAGCUCAGCUCUCUCCACAAGCUGGAAGAAUGAAUCAUCACCCCCUGGAAGAGGACUGUCCUCCAGUAUUAUCACACCGUAGUUUAGAUUUUGGGCAAAGCCAGCGUUUCCUACAUGAUCCAGAAAUGUUGGAUUCCUCGUCUAAAGCACUUUCUUUUGCUAGAAUUCGAAGAUCAUCCUUUAGUUCAAAAGAUGAAAAAAGAGAAGACAGAACACCAUAUCAAUUGGUCAAGAAACUUCAGAAAAAAAUCAGACAAUUUGAGGAACAGUUUGAAAGGGAAAGAAAUAGCAAACCCUCCUACAGUGACAUUGCAGCCAAUCCAAAGGUAUUAAAAUGGAUGACAGAGCUUACCAAACUGCGGAAGCAAAUUAAAGAUGCAAAACACAAAAGCUCUGAUGGAGAAUUUGUACCUCAGACACGUCCACGUAGUAACACUCUUCCAAAAAGCUUUGGCUCUUCUCUAGACCAUGAAGACGAAGAGAAUGAAGAUGAAUCCAGGGUCAUUCAGAAGGAGAAGAAGCCAUCUAAGGAAGCAACACUUGAACUUAUUCUGAAAAGACUGAAAGAAAAACGUGUUGAGAGAUGUCUUCCAGAAGAUGUCAAAAAGAUGACAAAAGAUCAUUUGAUAGAAGAGAAAACUUCUCUCCAGAAAAGUCUUCUUUACUAUGAAAGUCAACAUGGAAGGCCGGUGACCAGGGAAGAAAGGCACAUUGUUAAACCUCUCUAUGAUAGAUAUAGACUUGUAAAACAGAUGCUGACAAGAGCUAGCAUCACUCCUGUCCUUGGAUCUCCAUCCACCAAGCGAAGGGGUCAGAUGUUGCAGCCAAUCAUAGAAGGAGAAACUGCACAUUUUUUUGAAGAAAUCAAGGAAGAAGAAGAAGAUGGUGUUAGUCUGUCCCCUGAGUUAACUGAUAUCUUGAAAACUGCUGUACAGGCACAGUCUUCAUUGGAAAACUCAGAAUCUGAUGUUGAAGAAAAUCAAGAAAAACUGGCUUUAGAUCUCCGAUUGUCAAGUACUCGGGCAGCUUCUAUGCCUGAAUUACUGGAACAACUUUGGAAAGCCAGAGCUGAAAAAAAGAAACUACGUAAAACAUUACGGGAAUUUGAAGAAGCAUUUUAUCAACAAAAUGGAAGGAAUGCCCAGAAAGAGGAUCGUGUUCCAGUGCUUGAGGAGUACAGGGAGUACAAGAAAAUUAAAGCCAAGCUUAGACUUCUUGAAGUUCUUAUCAGCAAACAAGAUUCUUCAAAAUCCAUAUAAAAUAUGCUCCUUGAAAACAUCAUAAAAUCAGUUGUAUUCCCUGAAGCUAUCAUCCUGUGUACUUGGCUGGUUCUUGAGUUCAUUUUGUCAGGCACUCAGCGAGUCUCAUUUUGUACUUGGUUGUGGUGCCACUAGAGAAAUGAUGAGGGGUAAGUAGACCCUCUCUAGGGAGCGCAAUGUUCCAUAUUAACCACAGACUGUCCUCUCGACCUUUAACAAACAUCUAGUUUUCUUCAUUGUUUUGUACUACAGAUACAUCCUGUUAGCAAAAGACUAGUAUUUUAUCCUUUCAACUUCAAGAACUUUGGAAAUACAAGCUUUUUGUUAUUACCAACUUUAUUAUUAUUAUUUUUUCAUUAUUGAAGAAAAUUGAGAGGAAAAUCUUCACAUUGAAUUCUUCGGUUGCCUUUUUCUUACAGAAUGACUGAAAAUUUGAAAGAAAAGCCUAUAAAUAUGCACGUAUGCAAAUGUUUUCCUAGAAAACCAAAAUCAACUGAAAUUUCAAGUCCUACUGUGGAACACAUUCCUGUUUAAUUCCCAAAGUGACACUUUCUUGCAGGUAGUAUGUCAGUGAAAUUUUGCAACUCAUUGGUCACACAGCUCCUGGAUGAAGAUAUCAGUGGGUAGACCAAAAAGUGACCUUGCGUAUUAGUAUAGUGAAAACACACACCGCACAUCACACACAGAACUGAAUCAUACCACAUGCUGCCUAUGGGACUUAAGUUACUGUUUGUUUCCUCAGUUACUGUUUAUCAGCUGGCGAUGAUGUGAUUUAUCUGGAUCAGAUCCUGCAUUUUUUCCCCCUACCCACCUCCAGAUAAUGUGAGAAAAUAGAUAUGUCAGUAUGUAGGAACUCUGAUGGUGCUCAGAUUUGUGUGUUCAAUCAAAUGGGCCUAAAUUGGCAAAAGAAUCAUUAUACCGGAAGUAAAUCUGUUUUUAACAAGGGCUAUACCACUGCAUUUUUACAUGUACCUUCAGGGGGUUGCAUCAUUUUCUUUUGUUUUAAUCAGCAAAAUCCAUAUAGAAGACAUCCUCUAAAGGGACCACCUUUUGCUCACAUGCUAUUUAAAGAAGAUGGUUACAAGAUGUAUAGUGGUAUGCCCCUUGUCAUAUACAUAUAAGCGUAUCUUUUUCUCUUUGGCUUUGCAUGGCUUUUCUUAAGGUACUCUCCUGGUAUCAUUCUGCUAAUCAUUUUCACAGAAUGGUGACUUUAUUUAUGCUAACAAUAUAAUAGCAUAAUCUGGUCAGGCUUAAUCUAAGUGUUAAAUUUUCUUCCUGGUGCUUUUUUGGAUUGAUGAGUGUCUCACUUUGACUGUGCCCAUGUUUUGCAUGCAGUGACUCAUGCAUGGUUUUCUUAACUAGCUAAUAAUAACAAUUUGUUCCAUAGAAAAAUGGACUUUUUCAACAUCUUUUAAUAAGAUGAGGGAAGCAUGAACCUCAGACUUCUGGCACUGUUACACAGUAAGCACAUGAAGUAGCUUGAUAAGUAGCAUUUCUAGUACUUCACAUUUCAUCUGUGUGUGCAAUGCCUUUUUUGGGGGGAGGGAAUAUCCAUUGGUAGUGAACGUGUAUUUAGGGAAUAAAGCACUAAAUCCAGCCCUGUUCUUGUGGUUUCCUUUUGAUACUGCUAAGUUCAUAAUGUAUACCUAGAAAAGUGAAAUUGAAAAUGCCAAAAGUUGUAUCACGUUGAUUUGAAUCCAUCAUGCAGUGUACAUUUAAUUUCUUUCAGUCUCCAGACAGGAGUAUAUCCAAACAUCUAAUUUAAUGUGCACUGUAUAUUGUUUUAUAUGAAUGUUUUAUUUUAUAUACCACAUGCAAAAAUGUCCAUAUGCACUAUUUAAAUGUUUUAAAUAAUAUAUUCCUUCUUUAUAAUGCUAAAUCUAUAUGAGUACCAUAUUUUUAUAAGUCAGUGGCCUGACUGGUUUCAUUUUAGAAUUAACAGCUGCUUCAUGAUGUUGGUUAUUCACUGUUAAUGUUUGGUUGCAAGUAGAAUAGAUAAAGUGGCAUGGCAGCACUUAACGCUAUGUGACAGUAUUGUGUGUCAUAGUUGAGCAGUAGGUGGUAGAAUUAGGCAAUUUGUGAUAGUUUUACUUUGGUACAAGUAAAAACUGUAUAUCUAUAUACAAAUAAUAUAUAGAUAUAUAUGACCACCAGUAUAAUUGCAUUGCUAUGUCUGGCACUUCAUUGUAUAGACUUUUGUAAUAAAAGAACUUUAAUGUUCUAA